GGCUUUUUUUACUGGCGUGGUCGGUCAAACGUGUCGCUCUUGGAUACGCAUUUGAAUCUUGUUAUCGACAAGAAAUACUUCACAUAGGCCUAUUCUGGAUCAUUUUUGAUAUGCUAUCCAACAGAGAUUCUAACGAUGAAGACGAUAUUUCUCCUAGAGUGAAGUUGUCCGCGUCAACAAUUUAUGAUGAAAGUGUCGAUGUGGUUGACGCUGAAGAGGUGCAAAGCGUGUCGUCGUCGAACAGUAGCAAUAUAAAUGAAGUUUACUGCCAUACAGAUAGUCCUCCCACACCUGUUCCCUAUAGCAAUUCCGACAGCUUUCACAAUGCGAAGCUGCAAGAGGCCAGUACUUCGGGGGCAGAUACCGCUGAUCACAGAGCAUCUCAUCUCUCAUCAUCAAGGAGAGUCCCAGUGAGAUAUAACACAGCACACUCUGAUAAUAGUGAAGAUGAUGAUGAUGAUGAAGAUGAUGAAGAUGAAGAUGAUGAUGAUGUUCAAGCUGCAACUUUGGAAGGUUCCUAUGACCCAUCAGAAUUUGAGCACCUUCCUGUUGCAGCAGAUAUUAAAGAAUUAUUUCAGAAUAUAACAAGGUAUACACCUCAGAAGGUAGAAUUGGACUUCAAACUUCAACCAUUUUUACCAGAAUUCAUUCCUGCAGCAGGAGACAUUGAUGCAUUUCUGAAGGUUCCGCGUCCUGAUGGCCAGUCUGAUGGUACAGGCCUUCACGUUUUGGAUGAACCAUGUGCCUGCCAAAGUGAACCUGCAGUUCUACACCUGCAACUGCGAGCUGUUGCUAAGCAAUCAUCAGGAAGUGCUGUUGUAGUGAAGAAGGUUGAGAAUGCUGAAAAGAACUCACGUGCUAUUGACAAAUGGAUAAAAGAUAUCAGUGAUCUUCAUCUUAGCAAACCACCACCAACUGUUCACUACACUAAACCAAUGCCAGAUAUUGAUAACCUAAUGCAGGAAUGGCCAGCUGAAUUUGAGCAGCAGUUGCAGGAAAUUGGUUUACCAACAGCUGACUUGGAUUGUAACCUGCUGAAAUAUGUUGACAUCAUAUGCAAUUUUUUCGAUAUCCCUAUAUAUGAAUCAAGGAUACAGUCACUACAUGUGCUGUUUUCAUUGUAUGCAGCUGUUAAAAAGCAUGUGAACAAUAAUCCAGUAUGAUUACUCAGCUCUCAUACAUCUGAAGUGGCGUUUCAGGCUAACAUUGUAUCACAGUUACAGAAAAAUGAUUCAAAAAUGUGCAUAAACAUGUAAUAAAUGAUUUUAUGUGAGUUUAAUAGCAUAAAUUUAUGUACUUUCCAUAAAAUUAUUAAAACAGUAACAGAACAUUCAA